CAAAAAUCUUUCAAAUAAUGUCCUCGUUGAAACUAUCUAGAUUGUACGUGAAGACCACUUUAUGGAAUUCCUUCAAAUCAGGGCCGUAUCCUUAAAGCUUCACAUAGGCUACUGUAAAACUAAGACCUGAGAAGAGAAAAAAAAGAGUUAAAAAGGAAUGGGGACCCGCACCAGUGAGUAAAUGUUCCAAUACAUCCCACAAAUGCUUGGAUUCACACAUUUAUGUCUAUUUGGAGGGCCGCUGAGAAUAACUGUUCUCAGCCAUGAGCAUCCUUCGAAUUAUCUGGACCAGGCCUCGCUGGCGAAUUGCUUUUGGCAUUAGGUUCCUCUACAGAUCGAAACGCGGUAUGAGCUAAAGCAUGUAAUAUUGCGGUCCACUCGGUGGAGGCACUGGUUUUUCCUGCAAGUAGAAAAGGUUUGCUGUAAAAAUGAGGGCGAUUCAGGUUUUGCAGACAAGAAGCUUGCUUGAGAGCAGGAAUGAGAGUACUAGCGGUAAUGAGCUUCAGCAGGACGCGAGGUCGAGUCACGGCGCGCCGGCCUACAUGAGCGAGACGAAUUUUGACACAAAUAUGGUCAUUAUUUUGGCAGCUUUGCUUUGCGCGCUCAUUUGCGCGCUAGGGCUUAAUUCGAUCGUUCGCUGUGCGCUUCGGUGCAGCAGGCGCCUGGUUGAGGAAUCGCCAGAGGAAGUGUCGGCAAGGCUCGCAAAUACGGGGAUCAAGCGCAAGGAGCUCCGCUUGCUCCCUGUAACUGUCUAUGGCGGCGGCGGCGCCUCUUCAGGGGAGAUUUACAGUGACUGCCCUAUUUGCCUUGCGGAGUUCGGGCAGGGAGACAAGCUUCGAAUCCUGCCUAAGUGUAACCACGUUUUCCAUGUAAAGUGCGUCGAUACUUGGCUUCUCGCGCAUUCCUCCUGCCCUACCUGCCGCCGCUCUUUGCUCGAAGCUUCGACGGAAAAUAUUAAUGGCAGCACCGCCCCGCCGCGAGUCGAAGCUCUCGCAGUUUCUGCAGAGUCUGCUGCCGAGAUUUCGACGGCGCAGCAUCAUUUGCCGACACAGUUCUAUAUUUGAGGGUGGGGCCGGAGGAAAUUGGACUCAAAAGUAACACCUUUAGGGUUUCGUGCUACGAGCCCUGUUCUGUUCGAUCCAGUUUUGGAGGCGUUUAGUCUAAAGGUCUGUCCGGAUCCAUCUAGUUACAGGUGUUAGGAUGUCUGGGCGCUAAUUUCCACAUUUUAUGGACUGUCAGACGGAUUUCAGAAAAAAAGUGCUCCUCUUCUGCUGGAUUAUCUUAGGAACAGCAUUCUAGGUAACUUUUAAUAGGAAUGCUCAUAAUAUAAUUAUGCAAUGAGGAUUAGGAAUCUAUAGUAUGGUUUACAAAUUUCUCAAUAACGAUGAAUCCAGUCGCUCCAGACUGAGUGUUAGUAGAACGCACAGUAUAUUACAGUAUGGGACUCCAUGGAAGGUCACAAUUCCAAUUUUAGUUUCCCUUGUAAUAAUAUAAUUAGUUUCUUCAAGUACAGAGAAAAAUCUUUUUCACUGAAAUGCAUAGCUGGUACUUAUCUCCAUUUGCAUUGUAUUAGUUAAUUCUGCCGUGUUAAAAGUCUCUCUAAAAUUUUAUGGAGAAUUGUAGUCGCUGUUUCUUUC